AUGGCAGCCUCAAACUCCGAACCCCAGAUUAUCUUAUACGACCUAGCUUGCACCAAGGGCGUCUGUUUUUCUCCCGUCGUCUGGCGUAUUAGACUACUGCUCAAUUAUAAGCAGAUUUCUUACAAGACAGUUUUCCUUGAGAUGCCAGAUAUCGGGCCUACGCUUAAGGAGCUCGGUGUAGCCCCCCAUGACCCUGCUUCUGGCAAUAGAGUCGACUACACAGUUCCCACCAUCCACCAUUUGGCGACCAACAGGUACAUCAUGGAAUCGAAGCCCAUUGCGGAAUUCAUAGAGUCGACGUACCCAGACCCGCCGGUUCAGCUCACGUCGGAGCUGGGCAGCGAGAUCGAGCUCAAGAUUCGCUCCUUGGUUGCGCCAACCUUCUACAGGUCGGCAAUGCCGCGCGAGAUCAACAUCUUGUCGCCGCGAGCGCAAGAGUAUUUCCGAAGCUCUCGCGAGGCUCGGUUCGGGAAAACGCUGGAAGAAUUGCUUGAGGGCGAAGAGGAGCGUUGGAAGGCUGUAGAUGCCGAUCGACAUGCUGUUGGAGAGCUGAUGCGGACAAACAAGGCUCUUGGACCAUUUAUUCUCGGUGCACAGCCGAGCUACAGCGAUUUCUUCAUUGCGGGAUCUCUACAAUCUGUCAAGGUGAUUGACGAGGGAGUGUUCCAAAGGAGUGUGCAGUGCCCUGGUUAUAAGGAUAUCUAUGAGGCGUGUCUGCCGUACAUGGAGAAAAAAGACUGA